AUGGCAUCAAGUGCUCUCCACUUACCGAGCAAAAGUAUCGAUGACAUCUUACGUGUAGCCAAAAGCAGAGGUUAUACAAAUCACGGAGAAUUGUUCUCUGCUUCUUGGCUGUCAGAGUUGGCUCAUGAGUUGUGGCCUACAGUUUCCUGCGUCGCUGCAAAAUUUCCGUCCAAGGAUAAGCUUGUAAAGUUACUUGUACAAGGCUCAUUAAUUUUGAUUCCUUAUGAUUGCGACAGGAAUCAUGAACCAACUUGUCGUCAUGGACAUAGUGCUCAUUGGUGCAUUAUAGUCGGCUAUCUCUGUCCAAAAGCAGGUCUCGAUAGUGUUUCCUGGGUAAAUACUAUACCGGAAGAUACGAAUAAUCUGUACGUAUUUGCUUUGCACGGUAAGAGUCGGCACUGUGCACUCUGGGAUUACGAUUCUCUAUUGAAGAGCAAUGCUAAUUUAUUUGAGGUUAGUCCAAAGAGGUUGAAGGACAAUGAGAAAUACGUUGUUCCUGAGGAAGGGUUGUCAGCUUUGAGGGGUCAAUGUGUGAUUGUAUCGUUGUCUCAUGCCAUCGUAGAAUGA